AUGGACUUGCUGCUUUGCCGCCAGGACCAAUCACAGCCUGAUGACAAGCCGGAAGACUUCUGCAAGAAGGGCAAGCGAGUGGAAGUUCUCGCGCCCUCCAAACGGUGGCGCGAGGCUCAGGUCAUCAAAGUUGGAGGAGGCAUAGCUCGGGUACAUUAUAUGGGUUAUGAUUCAAUGUUUGAUGAGGAUGUCCCGCUGGAUCAAGGGAGGCUUCGAAGCUUUGGGCAGCUGCGAGCCCAAAGGCUCAAGGACAGACAGGAAGGCUUUGUCCUCCAGCUGGAAGCUGGGUGCUGUCCCGGAUGUGGGGUGCGACUCCAGUGUACAGACAAGAUGGCUUUGGGGUACAUACCACCAGACAAGAUGGUGCACGAGGAAGAGGCGGAUGACGAAUCGAAGCCGCUGAAUGCAGAGGAUGAAGUGGCAUUGCUGAUGAAGGAAGAUGGCGCGAUGGAGAGGAACUCCUUCGAGCUACCCGGAAAGUCAGCUCAGAGGGAUUUCAAGGUGGUGGCAAACGUUUUCUUGGACAUCCGCAAGGAACCUGACGUGAACGCGGAGCGCACUGGUGAAAGCUUGGCGUUCGGCGAGCAGUUCCAAGUGUCGGAGAUUGUUCGAAGCGCAGACUCCCGAACCUAUUUCCGUUUGAGCGACGGGCGAGGCUGGGUCUUUGACCGGGGGUGUGUACGAGGUGCGAUGACGCAGCUGGUCGCUCCAGUCACUGACGGGCUCUCAGCAAAGAAGCUUGCCAGAGAAUCGAGACAAAGCGUUUGCAUGCGCUGCUGGGGCCUUUGGCAGUACAACGACUGUGAUGACAUCCUGAGACCAGCUUACGGAGGCAGCCAGGUGCAGGCAUCAGACGAGCUCACAUCUGAAGCUUUUGAGAAGCUGCUCAGCAAGACCUUGGAGCCAGUGACAGAGGCCUCCAUCUUUGCUGUUGUUGACGUUUUUGAUUUCGGGCCAUCCUUUACUUUGUUGGAGUAUGUCGCGCGGGAGCUGGAAGGCAAGCCAAAGGUGCGCGUGCGCAUCAUUGCCAACAAGAUCGAUUUGCUUCCGCCGGACACAAGCCGGCCGCGAUUGCGCGGAUGGGUCGCAAGAGAGGCGCAUCGCGCAGGUCACAGCAAGAUAAAGAUUAUGGAUGUCUAUCCGAUUUCCUGCCACACUGGGGAGGGUGUGAAGGCUGUGUCUGAAAUACUGGAGCAAAACAACGCACCUGGUGAGCACUACGUCGUGGGCGCUGCCAACGCUGGCAAGUCUUCACUGCUCAACCGCUUGGCUCUUCGGAAGCGCCGUGGCGUGGGCCGUGUGGCCGCCGAGGAUCAGAGAGGCUUUGUCGUCAGCGUGCUGCCUGGCACCACGCUCCGUCCAAUCACCAUGAAGUUCCAACUGGGAAACACGAAGCUAGUCGACAUGCCUGGCUUGCUGGUUCCCGGGAGCAUGGCUGAGCGAUUGACUUUGGAGGAUCUCAAGGUGAUCACUCCGCAAAAAAAGGAAGCAUUGCGGCUGACGUUCCACAUGGAUGAAGGUCGAACUCUACUGCUGGGGGCUCUAGCUCGAAUUGACUUCGUCAAGGGGAGGCCGUUUCAGCUCACAGUGUUCAUCUCAGAGCGAGUGAAGAUACACCGGACACGCAUUGAAAAGGCAGCUCGGAUAUGCAAGGAGUGGGCAGGCGAGCGGUUGAUACCUCCUGUUGACCCUCGCCGGUAUGACAGCUUACUGCCGUGGGAAUCCCACCAGUUCUCGUUUACGGGCACAGGAUGGGAUGAAGCAUGUGCUGAUGUGGUCUUUCCUGGGUUGGGCUGGGUCUCAAUCACGGGCUGUGGGGACUGCGUGGUUGAAGCGCAUGCUCCAGCUGGUGUUCAAGUUACAGCAAGGGAGCCACUAAUGCCACAUGAGGCAAGAUGGACCGGUGUAAAGUACCGGGGCUUUCCGGGCUGGUACAAGAUCAACGGUCGGUCCACCAGAGGAUUUGACGCCGGCAAAGCGGGUAGAGCCCGAGCCAGAAAGUACAUCAAGGGCCGGUUCUGA